AUGGCGAAAACCAAGCAGACGGCGCGCUGCAGUACUGGCGGCAAGGCGCCCCGUAAACAUAUCGCGUCGAAGGCGGCGAGAGUAUCCGUUGAAGAGCACAACGCUCGUGAGAGGAUAAUGUGGCUAUUGUCGCAAAGAACGGACGUAAUGAAGGUGUCGAAGAAUGAAGAAGCUUCGCCUCGUUUUCCGUACCAUGUUUGGGUUGGACCGAAUCUGACAAGGUAUGACUUGGAUUUGACGGAAAUGCUCCGCCUUUUCGGUCGACAUGUGGUCAUCCACUUAAGUGCGCGAGGAAAGCACGGGGUCUCGGUAGAUGAGUUUUCCCGAGUCGGGCUGACUGAAUCGAUUGACGAUAAGCGUUCUUAUGAUCACGUGGAGGAUGAUGCUUGGAAUAUUGAGUCUAUCUGCUACGAUAGACUCGCAAAUAAGUACGUCGCCAUCGACGCAUGCGAUAAGUCGAAGCACCCCAUUCUGCUGUAUACCCUACAAGUCUGUGGUGGGAACAAAUCUUCGGGCCACCAGAUCCAAAACGACAAGUUCUACACGAACGGCAGAGAGCGCGUGUCAGCUUACCUUCUCAUUGAUGAGUGGUGCCAGAAGUAUCCAGGGCGCUGGUUGGCAAAUAUCCACUUCCGGGGCCCGCUCAGAGAGCUCUUUGGCGUCUUCUUUCCAUAUCCACAACCUUAG